UGUCUGGGCUGGUUUUCUUCCGGUGCACUCCCCAAAACGGGCACCUGCUGCAACAGUAUAUAAUUCCCGUUCGUCGUUACACACAACACAGUAUUUGCAGUUUGUAUGUCGGUUGCGCUCCUGAUGACGUGUUCAUCGCAAACUGAAAGUGAUCGCGUUCAGUUUCGUUUCUCAGUCCACAAAAGCCUGUGUGUCCCCUGGGAGAACACAUUGAUUGAACACUGAACGCUGGACCCACCCGUGGAAUUGCAGCCCCUCCUGGUGUCCCGGAGACGGAAAAAAGAUGGAAAAAAAAAUGUCAUGUAUUAAUAAAGGCUUCACAUUUGGACAAGCUCUCCAAGUGAAGGCAGAAUCCCUGUCUGGGGCCGGUUUGUCUGCGAACUCUGCAACGCCGUUGCCAGCGGUAUUAAAUUCCAGCAAAAGCAGUGGAGAUGCGGAAGACAGUUGUAAACAGCUGAAGACGUAUUUCUUCAAUUUGCUCAAGUCUCCCUGGAGAGCGGUGGACUGGUCAAAGCAGCACAGAGAUGCAUUGAUGAAAUCAGUUUCCAUGUACAAGCCCAGCAAUAAUUCUGUCUUUGAGGCUCGAGUUCUUCUUCUGGGUCCAGCUGGAGCUGGCAAGUCCAGCUUCAUUAGUUCUGUUCAGUCCAUCUUUUCUGGCAGGGUGACAAAUCGUGCCAUGGUUGGAUCAUCAUCCACAAGCUUCACGAAAAAGCUGCAGUCUUUCAACAUUCGGUGGUAUGAAGAGAAUGAAUGUAGGCCCAGUGCCCUUGUUCUGUGUGAUGUUAUGGGUAUUGAGGAAGGGGCCAUGACAGGCCUUACUCUCCAUGACACUCUCGCCAUUAUCAAGGGGCACGUACCGGAGGGGCACAAGUUCGACCCCACUCAGCCGGUUCGGAUGGAGACCGUGGGCUAUGUGAAGAAGCCCUCUGAGAGAGACCGGGUCCACUGUGUUGUCUAUGUGGUGGAUGCCACUAAAAUUAACUUCUAUUCCGAAGGGAUGAAAACCACCUUCAGCCAACUCAGAGAACACGUCAGUGACCUGGGUGUUCACCAGGUAGGACUCCUUACUCACGUGGACCAGGUGUGCCCGGACAUUACUCAUGACAUCACCAAUGUGUACAAGAGCAAGUCGCUGCAGCAGAUGAUAACAAAGGCUGGAGUUCUUCUAUGCAUGUCCCCUUCCUCUAUCGUACCAGUGAAGAACUACUCCUCAGAGCUGGAGCUCAACAGUGAAACUGACACGCUACUGCUCUCUGCAGUUGAUCAUAUGCUGCAGUAUGUGGAGUUGUACUUUCGGGACAACACUGAAGCCAAAGUCUAAUACAUUUCUGUCGUAUGGAGUCAAAUAUGUUCGCAGUUGCAUUCUGGCGUACGGUGAGAACUUCUAACUGGAUGGUUUUAAAUUGUUAUGGUAAAAUUUUUCUAUUAUUUCUUUUCUAAAUACACAUUCAUAUAUGCAAAUGUAAAAAAAAAA